AAAACCCGCGGAGAGGACUAUGAAUGGUAAAGCACCGAGGAGGCAGAGGGAGAGCAAAAAGGAGGCGGUGAGCCUUUGUAGUCGGGGAGGAAUGCGGAAAUGUCCCCGCUCCGUGUCAAACCUCUCUGAAGGGGGUCAGGCCACAUUCAGCCGGCGUGGGAAAGCCAGGCAGAGACGGAGCUCACACAGGCGAGCGGGGCUGCAGUUGCGUAGGCCUAUCCGGGGAUAUAUGGAAGGGAAAAAAAACGAAGAAAGAAAGGAGAAAAUCCAAAGAAGAGCGUGGUUCUGGAGGGCUAUAUCACGCGUUUGCCUUUGUCCUAUGACCCCCCCACACACACACACUCUCUACACCCCCUUCCCCUCCACACAAAGUUGCAGUGAUAGUGUGUGUGUGUGAGCUGUCGUACAGCCCUCCACCACCACCACCCCCCCUUGUUUGAGUGGCUCUGCCUGGGCUGGUGCAGUCUGAGGGAUGGGGGGUUAGAGACCGCACCGUCCUACUACCUGUGUGGCCCCCGCAUGGAGGACAGCGGACGGGGAUGCGUUUGAUGCAGGACAUCUUGCCCGAAACACCAACGCCUCCACAACAUUUUAUCGGACAUGCCGACGUUACGACAUUUUAUUGACAGCAUAAGAAAAGGCAUUGCAUGUGCCAACUUUUUUCUGUGAAUAUGCCUUUGUGAGAAAAAGUCUCUGGCUCGUCACCCUCGCCGGGAAUCCCCGCAAUAUUUUCAACAAGAGACGAGAAAAAAAAACAAAAAACAAAUCUGCAAAAAUGGACAAAGAAAGCAUUGGUACUCAAUAUGAGCCCGUGGCCGAGAUUGGAGAAGGUGCUUAUGGGAAAGUGUACAAGGCGAGAGAUUUGAAGAACGGGGGACGCUUUGUAGCCCUAAAAAGAGUUCGUGUCCAGACGGAAGAGGAGGGGAUGCCUCUCUCCACCAUCCGGGAGGUGGCGGUACUGAGGCAGCUUGAAGCCUUUGAGCACCCCAAUGUUGUCAGGUUGUUUGAUGUGUGUACAGUCUCCCGAACUGACCGAGAAACCAAACUCACUCUGGUCUUUGAGCAUGUGGAUCAGGACCUGACCACCUACCUGGAGAAGGCCCCUGACCCCGGAGUACCACCUGAGACCAUCAAGGAUAUGAUGUACCAGCUACUCCAGGGGUUGGACUUCCUGCACUCCCACCGUGUUGUCCACCGUGAUCUGAAGCCCCAGAACAUCCUGGUCACCAGCGGAGGACAGAUCAAACUGGCCGACUUCGGCCUAGCCCGCAUCUACAGCUUCCAGAUGGCACUCACCUCUGUGGUGGUGACACUAUGGUACAGAGCCCCAGAAGUGCUGCUCCAGUCCAGUUACGCUACACCAGUGGACCUGUGGAGUGUUGGCUGCAUCUUUGCUGAGAUGUUCAGGAGAAGACCGCUAUUUCGAGGAAACUCAGAUGUUGAUCAGCUGGGAAAGAUUUUUGAUGUUGUUGGGGUACCUUCAGCAGAGGACUGGCCCCAGGAAGUGGCCCUACCACAGAGUGCCUUCACCCCGCGGCCCCCUAAGCCAAUAGAAGACUUGGUUCCGGACAUGGAAGAGCAAGGACAGGCCCUCUUAAUGCAAUUCCUCGCCUUCAACCCCUCCAGGAGGAUAUCAGCCUUCGCUGCGCUGAGCCACCCCUAUUUUCAAAGUGUGGACAGCCACAGUAGAAGUGUGUACGCGGCCCAGCCCAUCCCCAGCAACAAGCCCACUAUGGAGGAGAGGACUGCCUGACAGUCCUCCUUCACCCUUAAUCAUCCCAUACAAUGUCUAUAAAAAGCAUUCAGCUUCGCAGUCUGCUUCAUGUUAUAUUGUUUUUACAGCGUUAAAUCAAAGUGUGUUAAUUAACAUUUUUUGACACUGAUCAACAGAUAAAUCUUACAUGUCGAAGUGAAAACAAAUCUGUGGAAAUUGAUGAAAUUUAAGUACAAAUAUAGAACACAAAAAAACUGAUUACACUGGUAAUCACCCUCUCAAGUCAGUAUUUAGUAAAGGUACUUUUGGCUACAAUGACAGCUUUGCGUCUAUGUGGUUGGUUCUGUAUCAGUGUUGCACAAUUGAAUAGAACAAAUUUUCUUCUUUUCAAAAACUCUGUCAAGUUGCAUGGCGAGCAUGACUGAACAGCAUCUUUAAGUUCUACCUGAAAUUCUUGAUUGGAUUGUGAUUGUGCCACCACGUUGCCCUUGUUUAAGGACUGACCUUACUGUGCUCCAUACUCAUGGCCUUCACAUUUUACCGGUAUCCUUCCACUGAUUCAUCAUUUUUGAUGUUUCUGUGAAGUUUCUGUUUUUAUAGGGUAGUUUAUGUCCACUGUUGUGCCCAACAGCAGGUGCAUUUAACUAAAAAUCACAUCUGGUUUACACACAGGUGAUUGCAAUUCUACCUAUUAUUCGACUUCUAAAAAGCAGUUGGCUGCACCAGUGACAAGUUAAGUAUGUCAUAGUUAAGAGGGGCAGUACUUGUGGUGUCAUUUAGAUCCAUUUGUAGAGAUUUCUUUUCUUUUUGACAUUAGGAGUUUUUUUUCUGAUAAUCAGUGUCAAAAAAGCUUAAUCAACUGUGAUUCCAUGUUGUAUAUAAACUCAAAAGCAAAACAUGAAAUGGACCAAGGGGGCAAAAACCUUUUAUAGUCAAUGUACAACACUCCGGGAAAGUACUCAGAAAAAGAGAGUAAAGAUAGUGUCGAGAAAGAUGACACCAGCACUCUCACCCCCCUGAACAAUGCACAAAGCUAUCCUCCUUCCAUGAACUGAUGGAUUGUAAUUGCUGCUUUUAGGUUGUUAAAUGUUGUUGAUUGACUGUGUUAACAAUGCAAAGAGACUUGCAUCUCAGACUGACUGGUAGUCGUGGAUGGACAAACUGUAGAGGCCAUGAAGAAGAGGCCUCUCUUAUGACCAGUGUUCAGCCUUGCAAGAGCCCUCUUGGCUGGGGGACCAGACCAUACCGGAGCCUGUGUCGACAGCGUGGCUCUCACCUGCGUUCUUGCUUACUGUGGGUGUGUGCUGCGAGCAGAUAUGUACACAACGUUUGGUGUGUGCACUACCACUGACAUAAGCACACUCAUGUACACGCCUACCUAUUGAAACAUUAAUCAGGCAUCACAAGCCAGCCACUCACUGCCAUGUCCUGACUUAUCAUUCCAGUUAUAUAUGUGUUAUAUCACUGCCACUUUGAGGAUAUCCUGAGUAACUGCAGACCAGUAGCGGGAUUCUAAUGGUUUCUGCACUCUUCAAGGGGCUCAUCAUAAUGGGCUGACAUUGGUGCUGAGACAAUGAGGAAAGAACCUUAUAGAAAAGUUCCUGCCACUCACUUGAUGUUAAUGACUUGCUUUUGGUCUCCCAUCAUGGGCUUUCAUCAUUAUGAAUUACAAGUAUUUACUAUUCGAAUGAUACAGUAAUGCACAGGCUUGCAAUAGGUGGAGAAAUUCCCACCAGCACUACUCAACAUGAAAACAUUUGGCAUGGUAUUGUGGCCAAUAUUCUGUAUUUAAUUUUAAUUUUAUUGACAAGUCUUAUAUGCUUGUUUCAUCAAGUUUUUACUUUUUGCUAUAUGCUGGGGCAUAUAAUAUUCUUACACCAAUUACACCAACUCUUUAGAUAAUUAUAGAAUUUGUGUAAGAACAGUUUGACAGUGUAAGGAAUGUAUAAAGGAUAGGCAUUGGUACUGUACAGUAUGUAGUGCUAAGUACAAGCUGUAAUGAUAGAAAACUUUUAAUCUGUUCAUCGCCAGCCCAUAGAUAUGUCGUAAAAAUGGAUAGACGUAGAGUAGCGAGGGUCAGCAGAAUGUUGUAUGGCAAGAGUAUUUUGUCUAUUGAAAUGUUGGGUAGGUUCUGUGGGUGCUUGUUGAAUUUCAUUUACUUUGGAUUGAGAGUGACUAUGAUUUUUACAGUGGUUUUUAUAAUGAAAUAAUGCACAAAUAUUUUGUGUACAGUUUUUGCUUUAUUUUACAGUUUGUCCUGUUCUAUUCAAGUUCAGUUUUUACCAGCAAGGAAAACGCAAGUUAUGCAGAGUUGUAUUUUUGUAUGUAGUAGUUCUUGCAGAACAGUAACAUAUUUUAACACUGGUUUACGUUUUCUUAACAGGUAGUGCUGCUAGCACACACACACAGAAACACACUCUAACUUUCUCAGGUUCUUAUUACGGACGUCCGAACCUUUUGGGCACAGUUUGCACAUCCUUGGGCUACUAACUGACCACAUCACAACUCCUUCAGGUUUUCUUUCAAGCUGUUCCACGAUCAUGUCAUUGAUCAUAGUCUACUGUCAUUCCUGUUUAUCAAAUAUAUGUUACUGUAGUGAUUACUGUCUGGAGAUAACUGCCUGUAUGAACUGAUUUUGCCAGCAACCUUUAAUUGUUAGAUGGCGAACACGAUGUAGAUCCAUGUAUAAUUGUCUGCUUGACUAAGCACUGUGUGAAUUUUCUAUUUUAUAAAGACUCAUAUCUGGUGUCAGUGGUGCAUACGAUGCAAUGAAAGCUCCAAAUACUUUAGCCACAGAGGUUUACAAUUAAAAUCAUGACUGCCUUAGUCUCAUCACACUUGAGACAAUCACUGUACCUUUUCUUAUGAGUUAAUUGGUUUGAAAUGCAUUUCAAUCUCAUAACAUAAAACUGAAGUCCACUGUUGAGCUUUGAGAACUUUCACUGUUAUGAAACCAACGUAGCUUAAUCCACCGUAUAAACUCACAUUACACAUAAGUUCCCGUGUCACAUUUGUUUUUAACAUAUUAAAUGGAGACUAGGAGCACCACAAUCAUGGCAUUAUACGUAUGUAUGAAUGCAGGCAUUGGUGUCUUAUUAUUGUGUUGCACCAGUUGAAUAAAA